CACACACAACCACACACACACGCAGAGAGAAACUGACACACACUCACUGACGGAGGAGAGAGAGACACACGGAGGGAUAAACAGAGCGGGAGAGGGAGACUAUAGGAACGCAGCAGCAGCAGCAGCGGUGGCGGCAGCGGCAGCGGCGGCGGCGGCGGCAGCGGAUUUUUUUUCGGUGUGUGUGUGUGCGCGCGUGUACAUGUGUGUGUUUGUGUGACGGCUUGACGCUCGCUCGGUGGUUAGAAACGACUGGCGGGGCGGACAUGGAGGGGCUCGGGAAAAACGCUGGGAAGUGACCGAAAAGAAAGCACCGAAAACGUGAAGAAGAGAGAAGGAGGGGGAAAAGAGAAAGAGACGGAGUUGCAAGGAAGGAAGGAAGGAAAGGAAGGAAGGAGGUGAGAAGUCUGACAGAGGAAGAGUGAGAAGAAGAAGAAGAAGAAGAGGCUCGUCUGGAAACAGCCAAGGAUCCUAAGGAGUGAGCCCUGGGCUGGAUGGGACCCACCAUGCCCCCCAGUAAGAAGGCUCAGAGCCCCAGUAGUGGAGCCAGCGCCUCGCAGGGCAUGAGCCCGCCAUACCGGCAGGGGGAUGCCGCCACGGCAGCGUCCGAGGCCGAGGCGGCCGACCUCUCUCUUUCCCUGUCCGCCUCUUUCUCCAAGGCCGAGGACGAGGAGCUCACCAGCCUCUCCUGGCUCCACGAGAGCACCGACCUCCUCAACAGCUUCAGCCACUCUGGGCUGCGUAGCGUCUCGCCUCUGCAGGACCCCGACGGUCAGCAUCCCCGCUCGCCCUCCUCCUCGUCUCCCUCCCCAGACGACCCCCUGCUUGGGGACGCACACUCUGCAUACGACUUGGCGGCAGGCGCCAACCGGAAACCUCCGUACUCCUUCAGCUGCCUGAUCUUCAUGGCUAUCGAGGACGCGCCGAACAAGCGGCUGCCGGUGAAGGAUAUCUACGGCUGGAUUCUGGAGCACUUCCCUUACUUUGCCAGCGCCCCUACAGGCUGGAAGAACUCAGUGCGCCACAAUCUGUCGCUCAACAAGUGCUUCAAGAAGGUGGAUAAAGAUCGCAGCCAGAGCAUAGGCAAAGGCUCUCUGUGGUCCAUAGAUCCGGAGUAUAGGCACAACCUGAUCCAGGCGCUGAAGAAGACGCCGUAUCAUCCCUACUCGCCCGGCCUGGCCACCCCCUCCACCUCCCCGCCCACCCUACCACAGACAUUUCACCACAGUCCUCCAUUGUGGUCGGGGAGUCCCCUCUUCAGAAAGAACGGAGGAGUUCUCCUACAAGUUCCUCGCGGUGUGAUCCAAAAUGGCGCCCGUGUCAGGAGCCAGGCCCUCUUCCCUGUUAUCAGACCCCUACCUGUAAGCCCUGUGGGGAGCAGAACCUCGGCCAUAAGAUCAUCCCUGGGAGAUUAUCUGAGCCGAGGACAGGACAGCCCAUCCCGCUACUCUCCUCCGCCCUGCAGCGAGGACCUGCAGGACGACCACACCUACAGCACCGCCAAAUCCCCCAGCAGGCUGUGCUCCUCCCAGGUCGCCGCCCCUUCCUCCCCGCUGGACGACGACGACAUCAUCGCCGUGGAGAUCCAAUCAGACGUCAAACCCGAGCCCCGGGAGAUCCCACUGGAUUCUCACAUCACCACUGCCGCCACUACUACCUACAUUUCCCAGCAGCCCCUGCGCGGACAGAGACGUAGCUCGGGGGCGGGAGCUGGGACUCUGGCGGGGAGCAGUUUGCCCUGGACCAAAAACCGAGCGAGGGGCAUUAGCGACACGCUGCCGCUGAAGAAACGGCGCGCGGCGGCGGUGGAGAAGCCGCCGGAGAGCGACGACGAGGAGAUGAAGGAGGCGGCGGGGUCGCUGCUCCACCUGGCGGGGGUCAGAGCCUGCCUCAACAACAUCACAAACCGCACCGCCAAGGGCCAGAAGGAGCAGAAAGAGGCCCUGAGAAACUAAGACACACACAUAGAACAAACACACGGUCAUGCAAAACGCACACAGCUCCAAGCACGCACCAACACACACACACACACACACACGUACAACACACAAAUAGGUCAACAGGUAACGUUACUACAGCAUUAGUCUCAACGGACACUCGUCAUCUCCCUCUAUCUAUCUGCAGGGCAUUAGGUGAAUCCUACUUAUUUGUGGCAAUAUCAAAAAUCUAUGUUUUCCUACAUGUUCAGCAACACUAACAUCAUUGGGUAUUUCUCAUGUGUCUUUGUUGUUUUUGUUGUUUAAAAGGGGAUGAAAGCCAUAAAAAAAAAAAAAAAUCAGCAUGUUUUGUCACUAAUUUGGACAAGUCGAACAAAACCGAGUCACAUUGAGGAGCCGUUCAGAGCAGGAAGCGGAAGAUGGCUGUUUGUCUUACCUGUUUGUUUCUAUGUGAAUCUGUAGCAAUGUUGCAGUGAUGCCAGCGACGAUGGCAGCGCCGACGAGACCCCAGCCUCUUUGACAAGACUUAGAGCUCUCUCGGCCCGCUCACUAGCAUCACUCUCCUACAUCCACGAGCACAAAUGUGAGACUGUGCCAAAGAAUAAGCGACCAGGUUGCUUCAUGUAGCCGAUACAACAGCUGACGAGAAAAAGAAAAAAAAAACGACAAAAAACAAACGGAGGCAUAGUAGUGAAGCGCUAGAGAGAGUGACCUUAAGUGUCAAACUAAAUGUAAAACCCAAUGUGAUAUAUAUUCAUGCACUUAAGAUCAUUUUACGCCACUUAUAAUAAAAGCAUCAUGGGUAAAGACAUGGUUUAUUUCAAGAGCACUCAUAGUAUUUAAGAAUAAAUAUAUUAAAAUAAAAAAAUGGUCAUGUUUAUCACCAUAGAGAUGGAUAGUGUGCCGGGUCUGAGGCAAUAUCUCCUUCAUUUUGUUGUUGUUGUUGCAUAAUGUAAACGUCCCUAAACUCCCCCCAGUACUUCUGUCCAUAGACGUAGACACCUGGUAUAGAUAUCAUAGCUACCAGUAGCUACCACACCUUCCUCUUCAUUUGACAAUGUCAAAGAACUAUAUACAUAAACUGUGGGUUUAGAUUUCUGUUUGUGUCUGUUUACCCUCACUCUACCCUCAUAAAGAUAUAAGCAAUUUGUCCCGUGUGGACAACUCUGUAAAAAGGUUAGAAAAUAUUUUAUUUUUUUCCUUUCUUAAUUGAAGCAAUUUGACCUGCAGGACUUUCUCAGUUAUAUUGCAUGGGUGCUUGUAAAUAAGAUAAAAAGCAAAUCUUUUUUAUUCAAAGAUCAUGUAAGAUAAACGAUGUAUUUAGCAUGAAGCAUGACUUAUUUUCGUAUAAACCUUGAUCCUAGAGGAAAGAAAAAGUUUUGCCGCCAAUUCUUAUACCCGUGAUUAUAUUGGAGGUUUUUUUUCUUUUCUUUUCUUUUCUUUUUUUUCUUCGAAUCUUUUGGGUUCUCUUUUCUGAGUGGGGCUUUCAAAGACACGUCUUCAGGGAGGAACGUGGGAGAUCACUCUGCAAUUAGAGGCCCCCGAGGGUGCCACCUCUGGGCUUCGGGUUCAGGCUAUGUAGGCCGGCUGAAUCACCUCUUAGGGGUGGGCUUCCAUCUUCUUCUGCCUGUACAGUGAUUUUUUGGUGUUCAGUGUUAACCCCAGUGUUAUUUCAGAACACGUCUGUGGAGUGUGUGAGUUUGUGUGCCCAGGAACACACACCCUUUAACAUUGUGCCUGCCUGCCUGCCUGCCCUCAGUACCUCUGUUGUCACGACAGAACUGUCUUUAUUUAUAACAGUGUUGUUUUUUUGGUUGUUUUUUUUUCUUCUUCUCCAGUGUGUAAAUGUACAUGUGUCCUUACUUUCCAUCGACAUUGUUCAGCGUAAAUGUUUGAAUCAGACGGGCAUGGGAAAAACUCUCCUGAAAGAACCUCAUAUCUCCAAAAAGGCUACUUGGGAGGAGCUGAAAAGGAAGUUUGUUUUCUAAUUUACAUACAGUAUUUUUAACCCUUUCGGUGAACGGAAUUAGUGCUCAAGAGCCCAAUGUGGAGAUCAGAGGUUGUUUUUUAUUUUAUUUUUUACAUUUUGCCACUCUGUGAGGUGUGUCUCACUAAAAGGGUCAUGAAAACACUGACUUGAUUGAAAUCCACGAGGGCAGCCGUGAGCUUCUUUGCAUCAGAGGUGAUGUAGAUCUUGCAUUAAAAAGUGUUGUUUCCCCUCAUUUGCAGAGAUAAAAAUCAGCUUUCUAGGUGAAAUCAAGGGUUGUAGCAGCAGCAGAGUCAGACAAGGUUUUGUUGAAGCUGAAUAGAUGCUGCGAGCCAAGCAGGAAAACAAAUGCAUGUCCCAUCCACUGGUACGAUCUUCUGCCACCUGUAGCAUGCAUCACUGGCUUUGCAUUUUGUAUGGUAUCCAUGCCGACAUAUAAAAAAGGCUAAAAGGAGACACUGUCAGUGUUCUUGUCGUGUGCCAUCCGUCUCUCGUCUGAUAUCUGUCUGAGUGCUCCCGUGGCCCAGGUCAAGCACUCCGCUGUAUUUGAUGUAACAUCUACCGUCGUGGUGACCAGUAACGUGUUCGGUUGGCAAGAGGCGUGUCGAAGGGAGUAUGUGUUGCUUUGGAAACCGCUUUUUUGUUUCCUCUCACUCAGUGACGGAUGAACUCCUGACCUAUGAGUCCUGGGGGAAAAAAAACAAAAACAGAGCAACACAUAAAAAUAUACCUGGGACAUUUUAAAGCAAAGAAAAAACACUUCACUGCCUGAAAAAGCCCCAUAAACAAGUGUUUCUUUCAAACCUGCCAAACAUACGACAAAACGCUCUACAAGAAAUAAGUUGCCAUUUUUUUUAUUUGUCGAUGUUUUUAAUGCCGCCUUUUUUAUUUUCUGUUUUGCUUUUCUCUCUCUGACAAAAAUGAUCUACAAUACUGCCAUUAUUUUUUGGAUGACUGUCUGAGCUGAAUAUUGGAAAGCCAUAGGUUAGAGAUGUCAAAAUGCAAAACUGUUCUUGAUCUGUGAGAUGUGAUGCAGAGUUACACCCAGGUGUUGGUUCUUUUUCUCUUCAGUAAAUGUUCAAUUUUCUCCUUAUUGUGCAAUCAUAUUGCCAAAGAAUGAUUUCAAGACCUAUUUCAUCACUACAUGUAAAUAUCAACGUUGUCCAAUACCGUGGCAAAAAAUAUAUAAAUGUUGUUUUAUUUUGUUUUCCAUUUUCUGAAAAACUACAAUGAUGUUUAUGUGAUGUAUUGUCUUCCAGUUGGUUGCAAUAAUAAAAAAUACAAGUUGCAGAA